AGCACCGCUAGGCUGAGGUCUAGCGGGGUCUGAGGGCUGUGUCAGGCCCGCUGCCAUGGCGUCUUAUUUCGAUGAACACGACUGCGAGCCGUUGCACCCCGAGCAGGAUGCCCGAACCAACAUGCUGCUGGAGCUCGCAAGGUCCCUUUUCAAUAGGAUGGACUUCGAAGACUUGGGGUUGGUAGUAGAUUGGGAUCACCACCUGCCUCCACCUGCUGCCAAGACUGCAGUUGAGAACCUCCCCAGGACAGUCAUCAGGGGCUCUCAGGCUGAGCUCAAGUGCCCCGUGUGUCUUUUGGAAUUUGAGGAGGAGGAGACUGCCAUUGAGAUGCCUUGCCAUCACCUCUUCCACUCCAACUGCAUUCUGCCCUGGCUGAGCAAGACAAAUUCCUGCCCCCUGUGCCGCCACGAGCUGCCCACUGAUGAUGACACUUAUGAGGAGUAUAGACGAGAUAAGGCUCGCAAGCAGCAGCAGAAGCACCGACUCGAGAACCUCCAUGGAGCCAUGUACACAUGAGGUGGCUGGGACCGCACGCCAGCCCUCCUCCUCCACACCUUCCUCUUCUGCCUCGAAUUCUCAUUAAAGGUUUCUUUACCCAU